AUGGCCCUCGAUUUCCUCACAGGUUGCUUCGGCUGGCGGCCCACCAAGCUGAGCAGAGCCAGCGAGAAACACACGCGAGGCUGGAUAUGGGCGCUCAAGCUCGUUCUCGUCAUCCCGUGUGCGAUUGCGGCGUUUGGGGCAAGAGAUAGCUAUUUGAGGGUGCAACGGCAUCCAGAGUUGUCGCAGGAGCCGUAUAACGAGAAUGUGCGGCUUUCGUUGCUUCUGACGUAUAUCGGGGGUAUUGCUAUAUUUCCGUGGUUAUUUAUUAGUUCCGCUCUGCUUCUGCAGUGGCAAGGGCCCUGGAUCCUUCUUUACGGACUCGUCGACUUUGGACUCGCCAUCACGCUUGCAGUCGGCGUAGGCCUGCAAGCAGAGUUCCUUCCCGGUUCGUUCAAAGGAUGCAAUUUCCCCAAGGUGGAAGGAUGGCAGGUCGCUCCGGGCCAAAAGAGCAUGUUCGCCCUAGCUGCAGAGCUCGACGGAAAUAGUACAGCGAAGGGGGUGUGCAAGGGGAUGGUAUCGGCCUGGACACUCGCGGUGUCGACUUUAUUCUUUCAAAUGCUCGUCGCGUACGUCGGCAUCUUCUUCGACGAACGCGAAUGGAGCAUCCUCAACCCCAUGCGCCCCGUCGUCUGGCUCAUCGUCGCGCUCAUCGGCCCUCCCAUCAUCAUCCACGACCGGCUAUUUCCCAAAAUCCGCCUCACGUUCAGCUAUCUCAAAAAAACUUUUUUCCGCAUGCAAUUCACAAGGGACGUCAAAAUCGAGCAACCACCGCAGUUCAAACCGCCGUACGAGUUCUUCCAGGUUUCGAAUCCAAAGCUGAUGGAUGUGCUUAUUAUCGAGCACGUGCUGCUUAACAUCGUGGAUUAUAUGCACUACGAAGAUGUCGUGAAUUUCAGCUUGGUGAGCAGGGCGGUGAGGGAGGCGGUUUUUCCGCCGGGCGAUCUGGUACAUCGGGUUCCGAAGUUGAAGGAGCGGUGUUGUGAGGCGGCUACGAAGAAGGGCUGCUUGUACUGCAACAAAAGGAUAUGCUUUUGGUGCAAAGCCCAACGCUUCCUCCCCGGCCUCCCUGGCCGCCGCCACGUAACAACCUGCCAACCCUACUGCCGCAAAUGCUACUACCACCACUUCGCACGGCACCCGCGCGGCUACAAGAAGCCUUGCAAGUGCCGGAUCACCGACCGCUCGCACGAAUUCCAGGACAUGUGUCGAGCGUGCGCUUCUAAGGACCCCGUCCAAAUGCAGACAAUCCGACACAAAAGAUAUCAGCAAGAGGCGCGAGAUAUUGGGUACGGGAGGAGGGUUCUGAAUGGGGAGGCUGUGAAGGUGUUCUGUGGAUGCUGUAAGGGCGAAUUAAAGAGCGGGAUUAGGUGGUGGGUUUGUGGGAAGUGUAAGGGCGAGUGUAGGGAUGCGAUUCAUCCGCCGUACGUAGGAAAGAGGAGGGACAGGGACGUAGAGAGCGGGGAGAACGAGGAUGAGAAGACGGAGGAGGCCAAGGAGCCGUGGUGGCGGAAGUGGAGUGCGCUGUGA